AUGACUCAAAACCCUCUGAAUGUUUAUCAAAGUCGCCACUCUUCCAAAAUUAAUUUGCUAUUGCACUUGUUUUUUGUUCCACUAUUCAUGGUUGGCUCCAUUCUGACCAUUGUCCUCUUUUUUAUUCAACCAUUUCUUUCAAUUAUUGGUUUUCCCAUUAUGGCCAUAGCCAUGGGCAUGCAAAACAUUGGACACAAGUUGGAAACAAAUAAGCCAGAACCAUUUACAGGUCCAUGGGAUUUUAUUAAGAGAAUAUUCAUUGAGCAAUGGAUUACCUUUCCAAAGUAUUUCUUGUCUGGAAAGUUCUUUAGAAUAUUGUGCUCUUCCACUGAUCUGAUGAAUCUCAAAUUUGAUAAAAGUAUGAAUAAUUGA